GUUUUUUUGUUGUUUUCAGAGGACAAUGCAAUGAUGCCAGCGAAGCAAACGUCUCUCCUUGGCGACCAUCCCAAAGCACACGCUUGCGGUGGUGGCGACUGUGGAGGCCACCAGCAGCCACCACCACCGGGCGUCGACUACGGAUCUGGCCGCGACGGCAUGGGCGGUGGGGGAGGAAUGGGCAUGGGAGUAGGCAUGGGCAACCAGGUUGGGCCCCAGGGUGGUACCCAGGGCCAGCACGUGCAAGCCAUGAUGAACCAGCAGGCCGACAACAAGGUCCUCAUUGUGUACGACUUGGACGCCGAACGCUUCAACUGCGACCGCGUGUUUAACAUCCUCUGCCUCUUCGGCGACGUGGAGAAGGUUAAGUUCCUGAAGAGCAAGCCGGGAGCCGCCAUGGUCGAGAUGGGAGAUCAGUACGCCGUGCACAGGGCGGUUUUUCACCUCAAUAUGUCUCAGAUCUUUGGAAAUAAAAUCAACCUCUGCGUGUCGAGGCAGCGGUCGAUUGUGCCGGGCCAGGCGUUCGAGCUGCCGGACGGCACCGACAGCUACAGGGACUACGCAGGUUCUCACAACCACCGCUACGCCGACAGCGAGAAGGCGGCGAAGAACCGCAACCAGCGUCCCACCGCGGUGCUGCACUUCUUCAACGCGCCCACGGACAUCACGGCCGAGAUGUUCGCGCAGCUGUGCGACGAAAUGUCGAUUGCGAGGCCCCGCUCUUUCAAAGUGUUUUCUGGAAAAACCGAUAGGAGCGUGUCCGGCCUGAUGGAGUGGGAGACCAAGAACGAUGCCAUGGAGGCUCUGGCGUGCAUUAACCAUCACCCCCUGAAGAACGCAAAUGUUCCAUACCUCUACACCCUCAAACUGUGCUUCUCCACUGCCCAGUCUUCAUAGAAGACAACUCAACAUGUUUCAUGCCGUAUUGAACGUCGGUGUCAACAUCAUUGUCACUUUGUGUAUUAUUUGUGAAUGUCCCAUCACUCUUGUUGAAAGUUAACCGUGGGUAUAGGUCGAAAGUGCAAUUUGACGCGUUUACAUUUUAGUUGUCAUUUUUUGGAGGAUUAAUUUAGAUUUCUAUAUUGACUGCACCGAAAGAUUUUAAAGGUCGCAGUGGAAAUGAAGAAUGUUGAAAUUAAAAUAAUUAUGAUUAGUCUCCUUAACCUGCCGAGUUUGUCUGCCGUGUGCAUUGCUAUUUUGUCCAUGAGCCCCAAACCAGAUUUCACUUGGCAGUCCUCGGGUGCCGUAACUUUAGCGGCUCCAAUUAAUUUACAAUUUGGGGGGGUUCUCAACUUGCUCAUAGCCAAAGUUUUUGCUCCCACCACGAGUGAUGCUCCUUUCUUGCUGUAGCCCAUGGCACUAAUAUUGCCCAUUUAAUUUCAUAACGGAGAGCUCUGAAAUAAAUGCCAAAGAGACCCUUUUGGGGGGGGGCUGGUAAAAAUAUACCCCGACUCAUUGAAAAUCCCAUUGAAAAACAUGGGUUGGCAUUCUGUACAGUGCGUGUAUUUAGCAGGUUAAUACGCUUGCAAAUAUAAAC